CGCCAGAGCGCGUAACUGUCCCACUGGAACGACCUCCUCAGAGAGAAAGUGAAUUAAACAAACUGCCACCAUGACGGGUAGAGAAGAGGCUAUAGACGAAAAACCUAAGGUUAAACUGUAUCCCUCAUUCGGAAUCGACAAAUCACGUCUAAAUGGAUCUGGAUUUAGGUCCAAAGGGUUCGCGAUCACAGACCUGCUCGGUCUGGAGUCGGAUCUCCAGCCGCAUCAGUCCGGUUCUGGUGCAGGGGCCAACGGAGAGGGGCAGAGCGCGGCGCUCGGAGGAUUUGCUUUCCCGGGAGGCUCUUUGCCGCUCGGCUUGGGUUUUCUCUGCAGUUUGGCGGCUCAACAACCCCCCGGGGCCCCGUGUUUUCUCCCGAGCCACAUCCCGCUCCUACAGCCACGGACAGAGAGCCACUUCAUUCAGAAUCUAGAACAGCAACGGGACGCCUAUUCCGAUGAUGAUUGUCUUUCUGGGGAUCGCAAUGAUGGGAAAAACUCAGGGAACUCACAAAAGAGGAAGAAGCGAAGGCACAGGACAGUUUUUACCUCGCAUCAGCUCGAGGAGCUGGAGAAAGCCUUCCAUGAAGCACACUAUCCAGAUGUUUACGCAAGAGAAAUGCUGGCCAUGAAGACAGAGCUACCAGAGGACAGAAUACAGGUAUGGUUUCAGAACCGCCGUGCUAAGUGGAGGAAAAGGGAGAAGUGCUGGGGCCGCAGCAGUGUCAUGGCAGAAUAUGGGCUGUAUGGUGCCAUGGUCCGUCACUCCAUUCCACUUCCAGAAUCCAUCAUCAACUCGGCCAAGAAUGGCAUGAUGGGCUCCUGCGCUCCCUGGCUUCUAGGUGAGCCAGCAGGAAUGCAUAAAAAGUCUCUGGAAAUUGCAAAAAAACCUCCUGGCACACCUGAAUCAACACACUCUGAUUCGUAUUCGGAGGAACAUAAGGUGAAAGACAGCGACACGACAUGGUCGAGUGGAGCCAAUGGAGCAGACGACUCAGAAGACAUGGCAAUAGAUUUGUCCAGCACUUCAAAACAAGAGAGUAAAAGCACUUUGAAAAGAUCACCACCUCGCACAGAAAACAGCAGUGAUUCUGAGACUGAGAGUUAAAUAUGCAAAUGAAAACGGACAAUUUUAAAGACCACAUAUGGUAUAAAGGACUAUCGGUUUAUACAGUAUCACACCUUUUGACAAUGGUUUUGUUUGUCAGCUUUCCUGUGGAUUUUUUGUAGUGGUUUAUCAAAUAUUUGAAUACUAGAGACUGUUUUAUUCUUAACUAUUUAUCUUUCAUGUGUAAAAAUGAUUCAUGUAAAAAGUGUUAAAUAAUGUUUUAUGUUAUAUGUUCAUGGGAAUUAUCCAUAAAUCUGAUUCACAAUAAGUUACCCUAUUUUUCUUGAACAUUUUCUUUCUUUUUCUCUGUUAAAAUAUCUGCAGGGUGACCUUGUUCACCACUAUUGUGAAUGUCAUAAUAUUUCCCUAUUGUAAUACGGUAUGUGUCUGGGGAACAGGAAGGAUUCUAAAGCACUUUACCUGCUGUGAUGAUGAAUGUUUUGCAUUGAUCAGUCUCAUCAACAGAGCAAUAUAAUACCAGCAAAAACAAACCCACAUCAUGACAAAAAAAUAAAACAUAUUUUAUGCUUUUGAUUCCUGCCUUCUGUUUCUUUGUUUCAGCACUCCAGAUCGAAAAAUAUGUCAUUGAAAAUUAACUUGACUUGUCACACAGAAGGAAGAAGUUUAAGAAAUCGGCUCAUUUCUUCACUGGUCCCAGUCUUCUUGCUGUCAAAGACAUGAGAACAGUAUACAGAUGUCUUCUAGUUAAGAUAUUGCUGACCUGUUAGGUGGCCUGUUAACAAUUCUACCAUCUGGAAAAAAGGUGUAUUUAAGCCAAACAACAACAAGGUUAAGCAGUUUGUUUCCCAGAAACUGUCACACUACUCAACAGCCCAAUCAUCUUUAAUUCAUGUCAGCCUGCUUUUAUAAUCCAUGCCCAGACAUUUUUAUUUAAACAAGCUCAACAAAGGUUCUGCAGAUAUACACCAUUGCAAGAACAUCACCUGCAGAUCUACAAAAUCAUGGUCGUUUUUUAAAAUU